AGCCACAUUGCCAUUUGGCGUCUGGGAAGCACCCGUGAACGGUUGGCCCACAUGCUCUCGUCUAAGGUGCUCAGAACAGGAACCAGGAGUCAGGGAACGGGCCCUGGUGGGCAGAGGCCAGGGCGACACCUGAUGGGUACGUUCCUGAGUGUGUUGUCAACAGGGCCUCGUGCACUUUCCUCCAGCUACCUGGGGGAGUGUCGCCUGCCCUCCUGGCUUUAUAGGUCUGCUGUGAAACUCUCUCCGUAGGUGCCCCAGGCCCCGCAACCUCCUCUCCUGGCUGCAAGCUGUGUGGGCAGAGUUUACAGAAAUGCAGAGACACACGGAGCGGGCUGCCGAUGAGGAUGCCUCGGUUUUGAGGCCGAAACCUGCAUCGCCGCAAGUCGGAGACAAGGUCCGAGACAAGGUCGACGUCGCUCGACAGCAGUGGAAGGUCCAGCAGCUGCAGCGCCUGGCGGAGGCCUUGCAGGCCGAGUGGCAGGAGACCCGGCUCCAGCAAGUCCGGGAGCUGGAGCGGCUGCAAGUAGCCCGUCUGUCGGAGGAGGCGGCGGGGCGGACGGUGGGAAGUGACUCGGAGGAGCCCGGCCCACGAGGAGCAGCAGGACUCCCGAGGGCCAAGGAAAGGCGCAGAACAACCCUGAGGGGCUCCUGGGACCAGUGCCCUAGGCAGCACCCCAAGUCCCGGAAGAAAGCGACAGGUUCUACCGAGACCCCGGAGCUGAACCCCAACGACAAGGGCAGAGGGAAGCGGCCGCCUUCAAGUAAGCGCAGCGGUGGCCAGCAGCCCGCGGGUCGGGUGGGCAGAGGGGGAGGCCUGGCAAAGCUGAGCCCGCUCUUGGGUGGUGCGGGGGAAAUAUCCCGGGAGGGGAGGAGGCAGCCAGGAAAGGGGACUUCGCGCUUUGUUCAAAACGGGAAUCCCAGCUCCAGGGACCAGAGUCUACAGGACAAACCCACUGACGUCGAACAGCAGCAGCCCCUCAACGCCACCUCCAAACAGGGGGCCACGCCCCAGGGGUCUCCAGUCAAGUGCAGUGAUAAGAAUCAGUGGCAUAAAGAGAUGGAGUCCGCCCUUGAGGAGUUGUUUAAUACAAACAGGAAGCUGAAGAAACACCUGAGUUUGCACCUUGAACAGAGACUCGAGGUUUACCAGAAGCCGGAUGAGCAACAGGGUUUGUCACAGACGCAGGGAGACAGCAGUGACACCCAGAGAGAGGAGACAGAGGCAGAAACGCCUCCUGAGGAAUCUGGGAGCCCAACAGAGGUGGAGGCCUCCCAGACAUGGUCGGAGACUAAUAUGAAAGUGUUGCAAAGCCAGAAUGAUUGCUCCAGAUUACAGAUGGCCAAGUACCCAUUAAAGAGUGAGUGCCUGAGUCCAGUGACAGAGGUAGGAACAUCUACGGAGCAAGACAACUCGCACCUGGAAGGCCCGGGGUCCGGUGGCGAGCCACCCAAGAUGGCCACCCAGGUGGAGGACACCCCCACGGCUCAUCCACAGAGACAGGUAGACUCCCUAGCAAGCUGGAUGACUCUGAGACAAAAGAGGGCAGAGAUGGAUCCGAGAAGGCCAAAGACUUUGUUCGAGAUGACGGAACACCCAGACAUGAGCUUGGAAAUCCAUUACAAGGCGGAGCUGGAGGAAGAACGGAGGGAACGCAGAAGGAUACGCUUGGCCGUCCUCAAGUCUUACCCCACUGGGUUCCAGUUUCCAGCCCCUAUCCGAGACCCAGAAAUCGGAGGCACUUCCCUCCUGGACAGUAGCCUCCUCGAUGAGGAGAAGCAGAGCCAAAUGAUCCAUGACCUCCAGCAGCAAAUUCUAGAACAAAACAAGUUGCACAAGCAGUUUCUGGAAAAGGCCAGGAAACGCUUGCAAGAGUUUCAGAAAACAUUUUAAAGGCACAUCCCACUGGUGAUAAAUACAUUCCCUGUGGCUCCUGUGCACCUUACCUGUGUCUCUUUUAAGUCUGUGCGCCCAUCCCAUUAGAAAGCCUUAGGAGUCUCUAAAACCACGCCAU